AUGCAUUGGCUGACUAAAAAAGAAAUACAAUCAGCACAUGUUCAUGUCUUAAUUAACUGCAUUGAAGUUAAACCAUAUCUUGAGGAAUUUAACAUCUCCUACUUUCAUAACAUUAGUGUACAAGCAACCUCCGAUCACAUACAUGCUCAUUUUUCAGCAUGGUUCAAGGAGAAAUUGUCAUGCAUUGUUACAUCGACUCAAGAAAUACUCCAUUUGAGAAACUUGUCUGAAGACCUUAUUCAAAGCGCAAAUAAAUGGCACACAUACUUUGUAAACGGAUAUAAAUUUCACACUGAGACAUGGACUGAAGGGAAAAAAACCAUAAACAGUAGUGUAUUUGUAAAAGGAGUUACAGAUGGUGGUGAGGACAACUUCUAUGGCUUUGUUAAACAUAUCUAUAAGUCUGUAUACAAUUAUUUGGACUCGGAAAAUAAAGUUGUCUUGUUUUAUUGUGACUGUUAG